AUGAUGAAUACCCGAGGCAGUGGCAGCAGCAGCGGCAGCAACCAGACCAUGAUGGCCUUCUCCGAGCAUCCGAAGCCGGCGACGGCAUCGUCGGGGCAGCCGCAGUCGUCCCCGCCGUCGUCGCCGAGCGAGCGAGGCGGCGCUCGCCUACGACCGCGCCGCGCUGUCCAUGAAGGCGCGCAGGCGCGCACCAACUUCGUGUACACGCACGCCGCGUACAACUACCCGCCCUUCCUGGCGCCGUUCCACCACGCGCAGCAGCCGUCGUCGUACGCGCACGCGCCGUCGUCCGUGCAGCACCAGUACUGCGGCGGCGUGGGCGCGCCGCACAUUGGCUCGUACGGCCACCACAACUACCACCACCAGGGCUCGGCGGGCGCCGCAGCAGCUGGCGGCGCGUCCUCGGGCGAGUGCUCGUCGACGAUGCCGGUGCCAGUGGAACGCGCCGACGGCACGCUGCUGCUCGACCGCAGCGGCGGCGGGCACCACCACCACCACGAGUUCCUGUUCGCGAGCGCGGACGACAACUCCGGGUACCUGAGCAGCGUGGUCCCAGAGAGCUGCCUCCGGCCACGGAGCAGCGCGGCGGCGGUGGAGGACCUGCGGCGGUACUCGGACGCGGACGCCUACGGGAUGAGCAUGGGUCUCCGGGAGGACGUGGACGACCUGGCGCAGAUGGUGGCCGGGUUCUGGGGCGGCGCCGGCGACGCGGACCAGCUGUGCGGGUUCCCGUCCAGCGGCGCCGGGGAGAGCAUGGUGGCGUCGUCGCAGGGGUCCGACGGCUACUCGCCCUUCAGCUUCCUCUCCCACUGA